UUGUUAAUGGUCAUGUGACCUAUUUAACACCGACAGCAAGGCUAGUGUUCAAAAACCCUUUUGCCUGCGAGACGCUCCCCCUCAUUGCUCAGUUCACUGGUCCCCCGAAGUCCUGCGUCUGAUAAAGGAAUCAUGGCAGACCAGGCAUUUGUAACACUUGCCACCAACGACAAUUAUGCCAAAGGGGCAAUGGUGCUCGGCCAGUCGUUAAGAAACCACAAAACAUCAAGAAAGUUGGUCGUUCUAAUUGGCCCACAUGUUGCUGAGCCCACCAGAGCUGUGCUGCAUAAGCUCUAUGAUGAGGUGGUGCUGGUUGACGUGCUGGACAGCGGGGACACGGCCAACCUGGCCCUCAUGAAGAGGCCUGAACUGGGCAUCACCUUCACAAAACUGCACUGCUGGAAACUCACACAGUACACCAAAUGCGUGUUCAUGGAUGCAGACACACUGGUUUUGGCAAAUAUAGACGAGCUAUUUGAGCGGGAGGAGUUGUCUGCUGCACCAGACCCUGGCUGGCCAGACUGCUUCAACUCUGGGGUGUUUGUGUACCGCCCCUCCAUGGACACCUACGGGAAACUCCUGGCGCACUGUGAGGAGAAAGGCAGCUUUGAUGGUGGGGAUCAAGGAGUACUCAACAGCUACUACAGCGGCUGGCCAACAGAAGAUAUAUCCAAGCACCUUCCCUUCAUCUACAACCUCAGCAGCAUUGCCAUUUAUUCCUAUCUCCCGGCAUUUAAACAGUAUGGGCAUGAAGCCAAAGUAGUUCACUUCCUUGGCAAAGUAAAACCAUGGAACUACUCCUAUGACGCCAAGAACCAAUCUGUUAAGGGACACUCCCAGGACCCUUCUACUCUGCACCCCAACUACCUGUUGCAGUGGUGGCAGCUGUUUUCCACGUCGGUGUUGGCCCUGAUGAAGGCGGAGUAUGGCAGCCAGCCCUUCCACUCUGGAUGUGAAGCAGGGGAAGAAGCCGGUGAAGUGACCUCAAAGGCACAGGCGUCGCAGUCUCCCGCUCCCCCUCAGAUAUCCUCUCAAGAACGCAAACAGAAGUGGGAACAAGGCCAAGCAGACUACAUGGGAAUGGACUCAUUUGAAAACAUUGAGAAAAAGCUUGACUCCUUCCUGAAGUAGAGGAUGCGGACGGACUCGGUUGUCUACGGAUUCCAUCUUAGAGCAUGGCAUGAUGGAGGAUUCCACCAGCCUGGGGGCGAAAGAGCUCAAGUUCCAGUAUUAGAAAUGUGUGAGAUCCAUGCUUCCCCAUCUCCCUGUCCUUCUGUUGGGUGUUUUUUAACCUUAAGUAGACACAAAAGCCUAAUAAAAAUGGACUAAAACCUUCCUGCCAUGUUCAUAUUGGCUCUACACGACUAUGCAGGUCUCGUCAACUAACUGAUUAGACUUAAUCCCAGACCUCACUUCUCACACUGUGAUGUACAAUUGAAUCCAGCAUCAGAUAACCUUUAACCCAUGAUUGUCAGAGAGAAAUGUAACUCCUCUGUUCUAACAUCCACAGCAGGGCCUUGUGAAUUGACACUCCACAACUAGUUGUUUGCGUUAGCAUUUAUUCACUCCAGUGGUCUAAGAGCAUAUAUUGACACUGAGUAUGUAUGUCUUCAUAAUGUAGCCAUUUUAUACACGGUGUGCAUGAUUAAAACCCACUGGCUCUCAGAAGAGGUCAUAGACUGACAAAACCUAGCUUUUUUUUUUUUUCCCCUAAAAGGUGAUGUCAGACUUUUUCCAUGUUUUGCAGCUGCCUUAACUUGGUACGGUUUACAAGGGAGCCACUGUGCUGCUCCUGCCUCCUCAAUACCCUCAAGUUGUCCUUAACACCACGCAGUCACCUCCUAGGCCUUAACCCACCUCACACGCCCCCCUCCACCACUCCCUCCAGUGUACAGGUUAAGGCAGUGUCUUCUCUGUCUGUCACCGUUCAGUGCUUGGUUGUCUUUACUGUAACUCUUUUGUGGUAAUGACUGUUCAGUUAUGUAACCCAUCUCCUGUAACUAAGCCCUGCAAUCUGCAAGUUCUGAAAUAAAAGACAAGCAAUGACUGA